CCAGCUACUUUUGACUUUUUUAGCUCAGACUAGCAUCGACGCGCUACUAAGAAAGAAGUCGUUAAAUUAGGUUUUAGCAGUAGCUGUAGUCAGAAACGCUCACAUUUAAUUACGGGAACUCCUAAGAACACAAAAACAAGUUUUUUUAAUUACUCCUUUUUUUGUUGAAGAACAUUUUAAGGGGGGAAAUAAAGUGUAGUUAGCGACUUGGCAAGUUGUUAGCUCGCUGUUAGCCUGUGACGCCGUUAGCUAAACACCAAAACUCGCUCCAGCCGCGUUUCGCCGCCUGUUUUAUGUUUUCGCGGCUCGGGAAAACAUGCUGGACGGAUCUCCUGCCAACGGCGACGAAGCCAAUAUCGGCAAUGUGGAAAACAACAACCCGAUGGCGCCGAGCGGUAAGGCGAAGCAAGCGUUGCUGAAGAAGGGAGGGAGGAAAGCGACGCGACACAACCCGAACAUCCGGCUGUCGGACCACAACAACAACACCACCACCACCACCAUGGCGGCCUCUCCGGCGCACCGAGCCCCGGCUCAGACGGCGGCUCACCAGACGGUGCUGCACCUCCAUCACGUCAGACAAGGGGCCAAGAAAGAGGUGCUGAAGUCUAAAGGCGCUCAGGCUCCCCGACUCCUGCCCAGACACGACCAGAUCAGCCACGGCCUGAACACCAGGAGCCACAGACCCAAGCAGAGCCACUCACCCGCCACGUCGCCCUCCGCCAAGCGGAGCGACAACCGCACUCCCAAGAAGCCUUCGUCUUCCCACCCGCCUCCUCCCCGGGAGCACAAGAAGCCCCUCAAUGCCGCCGACAACACCAAGAUCCCGAGCACUCCCUCUGCUGAAGCCGAGUACCUCAAAGAUUGUGAAAAGAUCUACGCCGGGGCCAAGUUCAGCGAGCCGCCGUCGCCCAGCGUCCUCCCCAAGCCGCCCAGCCACUGGGUGGGAGAGAACGAGCCUGAGCCCAGCAGCCAGAGCCGGGAGCAGCUGACCUUUCACCUCAAGUCUCUGCUCAAGGUUCAGGAUUGAAUCUGAUUGGUGCUAAUCGGCGCUCCUUACCUUACCGGCUACUGGAAGCCGCAGAGGGACCCGGCCUGGCCCCCAACGCUGCAAUGCAAUGUGGGAGUUUUUCUUCUGGUACGCCUUUCCAUUUUUAGCCUGCAGAUGUGAACGCCUGAGACGGGCUGUGCUGCUGGGCGGCGGAGACUUUCUGCCGGGUUUGCACAUGAAGAGAAGAGUCGAGUGUUUUUGUUACUGAAUCUGUAAAGAAAGCGUUUUUUUUUUUUUUUUUUAUUCGCAGCAGCAGCAACACAGCCGCCGUUUCCUGUUUACAUUUUGCAAAGUGACGGCACUUUGGUCCACCUCGCCAUGCGUUUGACUUUUUAAAGCGCUUAUGUAAAAUGUACAUAAUAAUAUAUUGUGAAUGUGUGAUUGUGUACAUUUUCCUGUUUUAACUGAGAUUCUAGUUUUAUUAAGAAGAACUUUCUGGGAAAAGGAGGAAAUGGUCCCCUGCGAACUGAAGCACUUUGUUAAAGCUCCUUCACAGGGAUCUGAGACUUUUCUUACCGAUUUGCACUGAAAACGAACGAGAAGAAGGAGAGCAAAGCCAACGUCGACGUUCACCUCCUGACCGGUUGCUGCGUAAAAAGCGUCUCGGAUGGCAGACGUAACGAAAAGAAGCCGAGAUGCAGGCUGGAGUCGGCUUCCUGUCUGAACCCGGGUCCAAACGAUGGAGUCGGAUCAGGGACUGAACCGAGGAGGUGAUCAUGGAAAACAAUCUGACUGCCGCUGAAGAAAGCUCCAGCCAGCAGCCACACAAAGUGCUUAUUAAAUGAGUUUUGCACUGAAUUAGGGUCUGCUUAGAGAGAUUAAAGAUGUGUUUUUUUUUUUUUUUCUUUAAGGUCUGACUGUAAGGAAGUUUGAGUGUUAUUGAAUCAUGAACUCCUUAAUUUGUCAGAAGAUGGUUCUUUGGAUAACUGAUGGUUUUGGAUUAUAGAGAGCAGCAGUUCUAAGCUCUAAAGUCUCUUUUCCUCCAGUUUGUUACUCUGAGCCAUAAAUCAAACAGGAAAAGAGAUUUUACACAUUUAACUUGUGAAUUUAGUUUCAGUGGCGUUUUGAAACGACCCAGUCACCAUCAGAAAGCGAUAAAAGCAAUUCUGCAGCUCAGGUUGUUGCUAAAUACUGACGUGUACAUUUUUCUUUUCUUUGUAUCCGUCGACUUUGUUUUCGUAUCACAGACAUGAUGUGCAUCGUUUUCCUCCCCGGGUUUUUCUCACGUGAUUCCAGCUUCAUGCAGGUCGCUGUCAACGGGCCGACUUGGCUUUCUUUCAGAUCCAGAACCUCCACUCCUUCAGAUUCUCUGCUGUAACGUGCAUUUUUCUGUUGUUUUACUCAGAUCUUCCUUCGUCCUACUAUGCACCAUGAGUACUUUGUUAUUUCCUUUUUUUUUUUGUGGUGGAUACAGGCAGCUGCUGGUUCUGUUUCUGACCUCUGUGACAUCACCAGUCCAAUGGAAAGUUGUAUUAAUGUAGCACACUUUACAUUUUAUUGCAGUGUUUCACCAUCGUUUCAUUCCAGUAAUCCCCUUUAUGGCACAAUUCGAGAAAAAAAGUUUUACAAAAAAGUAAUAAAAUAUAUAUUUAAAUUGAAAAUGAGAAUAAAAAUUGGUAACCCCCCA